AAUUUUUUACUGCAGUCUGCAUGCGACCGCUUAGUUGGUGUUGAUGAUGGAGAGGCUCCUAAAUAAGUGGGGAUUAGGUGGUUUAGUUGCUGUGUUUGAAGAGAAUGGUAUAGAUGAUCAUGCCUUUAAACAUUUGGAGGAGGAUAAAGAUGCCAUAAAGUUGUUGAUUCCGAAGUUAGGAGAGAGGAUAAAAUUUCUUCUACACUACAGACCAUACAUAAAACAACUUCAGGGAGAAAAUGCUGAUGCAGAACUAUCUGAAAAGGAACUAGAACCAGGGGAAGUGUGUGAAUCUGUGGCAGAAAAGUCAACAAAUAGAUGGAUAAGAAAGGAAGCUGUGAAGGUACCUGAUAAGACAAUGAUGUCUAGUGAUGUAGCAAUGCUUUCAUCUGAUAGUGACUCAGCCAAGGGAGAAAUUAGUGCAGGACCAGCAAAGAAACCAAAAACAGAAACGAGUGGACCAGCUAAGAAACCAAAAACAGAAAUGAGUGGACCAGCAAAGAAGCCAAUUGUGAAGAUGUCCAAGACACCAUAUGAAUUUGACAUAAGUGCUGUUCUGGAAAAGGCUGCUGGUGGCCAGUCCAUUCUCGGUGAACUUGAAGAAGGUGGACCACAGAGUGCCUCUAACAGACGAAGAAUGGUGAGAAUAGUUGUAUCCCACCUCAUGGAGAAAUAUGGAGACAAACCAUCAGCUGAACAGAAGGUGGGCAUGGCAAUAUCCAUGAUUCAACAAUUUCCAGCACUGAAAGAUGUUGAAGGACCUGGUUAUGAAGCAUGGUAUACACCAGCAGUAGAGGGUGAACAUGCAAAGGGCUUCAUCGAAGAAAGGUUGAAAAAUGUGAGAAAGAGAAUGCCAAAGCAAGGGUGGACAUCUUUGGAACCUUCAAGUUCAAGUGAGGAGAACCAGAAAGAACCAUCAACCAAGGAAAAAAUUUGAAGAACUAAAAUCUAAAGAAAAAGAUAUGGAGCCGGAGAACUUGGAAGAAAUGAAGCAAUGGCUUCAACAUAAUAAUAGCCCUAUCCCUAAAGUGGUGGAAUUCAUGAAGAAGACUGCACUGAAAAGACAAGAAGAAAUUCACUCAGAGAAGAAAUCUACCGUGCAUGACAUCGAGUUGCAAUGGCCUCGACUCUUUGAUGUCCCUAACAUGGUAUGGGGUAACUUUUGUUUUCUUGGUUUAUGUCAAAAGUACAGUAAAGCAUUAAUUCUUGAGGUGUGCUUCUCAAAAACCCAAAUAAAAUUCCUCAUUGAUCUUUUUUGCCUGCCAGGACCAGUAACAAAAGUCUACCA